UUGGAUUAAUUGGCAAUACAGUAUCUAUUAUUAUUCUCUCAAGACAGGAAAUGAAAAACUGUUUCAACAGACUACUGUUAACCCUAGCUUGCUUCGACAACAUAUUCAUCCUAGUGAUCAUAUUUGACUACACCCUGUUGAAAGAAUGGGAAUGGCCUGUAUCUUACAACAGCGAAGCCUACACUAUACUUGUACCAAAGUUCUUGUUCCCUCUGAACUCAGUCUCCUUCUGUGCCUCAGCAUAUCUCACAAUAGCAAUUGCAUAUGAAAGGUAUUUGGCAGUCUGCCAUCCCCACUACUUCCGAAACAUCUCCACUGGAGGAAGUGCUAAUUGUCGUCUUCUUGGUUAUAUUAUACCUGUCCUCCUGUUCAGCUUUCUUUUCAACCUACCACGCUUCUUCGAAACGGAGUUCGAGUACACGGAUUCAACACUGAGCUUCAAACUUUCUGCUUUACGACAGGAUCCGAACUACAUCAGAUACUACAUAAACAUCUGCAGAUUUUUGUUCACAUGCUUCAUACCCUUUGCUUCUCUUGUCUUCUUUAACCUGCAAAUAUUUUCUGGGAUAAGGUACAGUCAUGUGCGCGCCCGAAACUCCGUUGGACGAGAAGUAAAUUUGGCGGGAGUUCUUAUCUGCAUUGUCUUCGUUUUCCUCAUCUGUAAUAUUCUACGGGUGGUUCUUAACCUUUACGAGAUAUUUCUCACCGAGGAAAUACUGAGCUGCAAUGGAAUGUUUACCCCUCCGGACUGGUUCAUGUGUCUGGCGAGUCUCAAUCAUGUCAUUCUUGUAAUGAGUGGUUCGGUCAACUUCCUCAUCUACUGCACUUAUGGGAAAAAGUUCAAGAGCAUGCUACAAAAAGUUCUUAAAAGUAUCAACAUCCACUGUGCUUCAAAUACUCAAAACCAUGAGUCUGCAACAAGCACUCCAACUUCAGAUCCUCCAAUGCACGUGGGAGAACCCCUUGAGACAUCUCCUAAAAGAAAGGAAUCAUCCCAAAAAGAAGUGCUCAAGAAAACAGUUGCCCGUGUUGCCAUCUUCCACAAAGAUGAUGGGUCGGUAUAUUUAAAUGAGAUAUCAGUUCAAAUACUUAAAGAACCACAGAAAACAGAAUCCAUCGAAGGGAUCAUUGAAAAUGUCGAAGAAUCUAGCCAAGUGGAAGGUGUUGUGCUGAUAAAAGAUGAGAGUGAGAGGGAGGAAGAAAGAUCUGCAGCACAUGAGGAAGAUUAUGAUGAAUUUUCGAAAUCAUGUGAAAAUAAUGUUCAAAUUGAAGAAAAAACCCUGAAGACUGGCAACGCUUCUGAUCUAAUUAAAGUACAAUCUUAUACAAAUGAUGGAGAAGGUUCCUCCCUAAUCGAAGAAAGAUCUUCUAAAGCCAGAAAAGGUUCUGCACAAACUGGAGAAAUAUCUUCAAAAGAAGGUUUUGCCAAAAAUGAAGAAAUAUCAGAUUGAGAAGGUUAUGAAUCUUUAAAAAGGUGGAGAAGGUUCUGCAUGAAUUAGAGAAAAAGAUCUUCAACAAGCGAAGAAUGUUUUGCACAAAUAGAGAAAAAAAGAUCUUGAAAAGACAGAGAAGGAUCUACCCGAAUUGUAGAUAGAACUUCAAGCACAGAGAAUGUUCUGUAAGAAUUGAAAAUAUUUCUUCACAGGAUCGAGAAGGUUCUGCAUUAAUUGGAGAAAGAUUUACAAAAGACUGUCGAGAUUGAGAAGGAUUUGCCCAAAUUGAGGAUAAAUCUUUAAAGACUGGGAAGAAAUUGUACUAACUGAAAAUAGAUCUUCAAAGAAUGGAGGUUCUUUACAUAUUAAAGAAAGGUCUUUAAAAAAACGUUGAGUAGUUCUGCUCAAACUAUUUAAAGGUUGAGCUGUAUCCUAGCUAUCAAAAAUCGAACUAGAUUGUAAAAAGCUGUGACGGAAAAAGAAAACAUUUUGAAAAAGGAGAAACUCUUUAAGUGAAACUAAAAUUCCUUACAGGAAAAAAGUGAAUAUAAAUGUGUUUUUUUUUAUAAAGAAAACUGUAAUUUAAAACAGGUUACUAAAAGGAGUUACGAUUUAGA